UCAUUCCGACUUAGUCAUGGGUCAAUAGCAAGGACUGAUUCACACUGCUUAAUUCACACUGGAGUGCAAUAAUUUAAUAUUGCGGAUCUGAGUUCCCAACACUACAAACUCCUUGUAAUUUGUACUAAUUCAUUGAUAGAUUCUCUACUGAUAAUUAUAUCACUCUUACUGCGUUCCGGGGGCUCGAACUGGAGGAAGUUCCCUAACGCAAUAUUUCUACACGGGCCUCAAGAUCCUGCUGGCUAGGAGAGUCACAAAAUUUAUCGCAAGCUUCUGCCUUCAAUUUUCCUCCCCCGUUUGGGAUGUCCUCACUUGAGUUACGCUGCGUAAUCACGGUCAAGGAGAUUUUCACUAUGAUGAUUCUUAAGAGCUUCGUCGCAUUCUGACGCUGAGCUGAUGCACUUUCAAUCGCCCGAGGGGAUAGCUGCGUAUUUCUUCACCUAAGUUACUGCCGUCUGUUCAGGAUUUGGGGUUGAAUAUACCAACUGCAGAAGUGUGACGAGGGUCAUCUUCGACUCAUUGCCAUUUCAUGCUUUCUCGAUCGUUUCUCCGGAUGACUACUCCUACUUCUAGCACCUUCAGCAGUGCUGGCGUAUUUAAUAUUUCAAUGCAUCGUUAAGCUUUUCCUUUCCCCGGUUCAUCUCCGUAGGGCAGUGAUGGUGUUGGUCGAUUUUCAACUCUUGAACUCGACGAGAUCUCGUUUUGGUACUUGUUGCUGAUCAGUAGUUAAGACAUUUCAACGAAGACGAAUAACAACAUCUAUAGUUGUCGCCUAUGAUGACAAAGAUGAGAAAAAGUCACAGGAGGUAGGAUUUGCUGUUUAACGUCUCAUUCCGACCUAGUCAUGGGUCAAUAGCAAGGACAGAUUCACACUGCUUAAUGGAGUGCAGAAAUUUACAGUUGCGGAUCUGAGUUCCCAACACUGCAAACCUCCCAAGUAAUGUUAGAUUUUGAUGAUUUUCCUUAUAGAUAUUAGGAGGUAAUGUACUUGACGAGUAGAAGGAGCCAUUCGCGAACUUCAUCGUGUGGAAAUAGACAAUCUUCAUCACUUUUGACCAAGAGAUUCUGUGCGAUUGUUGUUGGAGAACACCGCCGAGGAGACUGAUGGACGGGGUCAUGAAGCCUAUGAGCACCUGUGCUCCAAGUGAAGUCAAGUUUGAUCCGGGAGCUUGCGACUUGCAAUUGGGUGACACUGGAUUUGAAGAUUUGCCCGAGUCCUGUAUAGCACAUGUCCUCUGCUUCCUUUCUCCCAGAGACAUAGCCAUGUUGGCUUGCACUAAUCGCGUGUUGCGAGGUGCAUCUCUUUCGGAUGUUGUCUGGCAAGCCAAGUUGCCGAAAGAUUAUACUGAAGUUCUUGCAAAGGCAAAGGACGGUGCACGCGCCUUUGAUUCCAAAAAAAAAAUCUUCGAUUAUCUCUGCAGCAAGAUCCCUCUUCAUGGUCACGAGUUCUAUUGGCUAUUGAGGUCGCCUGCAGGAGUUUGUCGAGGUCAAGGCGCUGAAGCCCUGGACAUUCUGGGGGGUUCUGAUAGAGAAUGGCAUUGGCUUCAGCGAGGUGGUUCCAGUUACGACAAAUCGGCGUAUCUCAACGCUGUCUGCUUUUUGAGUGUUAAGGGGAGCAUGGAGUGUUCCCUACCAGUCGGCACGUACACUCUCUCGUGGAGGUUUGCUUUGGAUAAGACGUCGAGUGGGUUUACACGAGGCUGGGGUAAACUGCCAAUUGAGUUUGCGAUGUCAGUCAAUGAUCAUGUAACUGUUGAGACAUACGGUUUUUUUCCAGAUUGCCAAUCUUCAUCAGAAGCUAAGCAUUCAUCCGAUGACGAAGAUCAAGAAGAAGCAGACACUGACUGGAACGAGUAUUAUGUUGGAGAUUUUACUGUAGAAGAGGGAGAAGAAGACUCCGGAAUGGGUCGAGUUAAAUUGGAUUACAGUCUUGUCCAUACUAAAAGCCGUUAUUGGAAACGCGGUUUGUGGUUGGAUGGUGUUGUGAUCAUGCCGAAGAAUUGGUUGCGCUAUGAUGGGGUGCGUUAUGCCGCAACGGUAAUGAAAUACUGUAGAACAAGGAAUCGAUGGAUGGUGUCAUGAUUCUGCCGAAGCAGUAGGGAAUGGAAUAGAACAUGUGAUAGAUGGAUGGGCUGCUUGUCAUCAUGCCCAAGCAACCAGGAAUAGAAUAGAUGACUCAUCAAGUGCCUUGAGCUUUAUCUUCAAGCAAUUAGCACUACUGAGAGAACCGUGCACAUUAAAGCGAGUCAUGUGUAGAUUUGGGUAAAGAGAAUGUACAUAUUACAUGUAAGUAGAUCCAUAUAGGGGCAACCCUAGAGAGGUAGUUGCGAAGAGUUAGAACAGUUUUAGCACUUAAAACUGAGAUUGUACCUAAUUUGCAUGGGCUGUUAGCUUCGGUUCAAUGGACCGAAAUGAAUGAACAGUUCGUGCAAUUGAUGUCUGUUUUAAAAAUUUGUUAAA